UCCGGGGAGCGGGGCUGGGCCUGGCGGCUGGACCUGCGCUGGUGGCGCCGCGGCCUCGCGCCAGCACCGCGCCGCGCAGCACCAUCUUUGCCCACGGCCCACGGCCCGCCCUUCGUCCGCGCCCGUCCCGCCGCCGGCCGGGCCGCCGAGCAGCCCCGCGCCGCGCUGGCGUCGUCCUCGUCCCCUUCGCCGCCCGCCGCGCGCGGCCGGGCCUUGCCCCCUAUGGUGUCCCGGCCCGAGCCCGAGAGCGAGGCCAUGGACGCGGAGCUUGUGGUGGCGCCGCCGGGCUGCACGCACCUGAGCAGCUUCAAGGUGGACAACUGGAAGCAGAACCUGCGCGCCAUCUACCAGUGCUUCGUGUGGGGCGGCACGGCCGAGGCCCGCAGGCGCAAGGCCAAGUCCUGCGUCUGCCACGUCUGUGGUGUCCACCUGAGCAGGCUGCACUCCUGCCUCCACUGUGUCUUCUUUGGCUGUUUCACAAAGAAGCACAUUCACGAACACGCGAAGUCAAAACGGCACAACCUGGCCAUAGAACUGAUGUAUGGAGGCAUCUAUUGCUUUCUGUGCCAGGACUACAUCUAUGACAAGGACAUGGAAACCAUUGCUAAGGAGGAGCAGCGGAAAGCUUGGAAACUGCAAGGUGUUGGAGAGAAGUUUUCAACAUGGGAACCAAGCAAGCGGGAGCUCGAGCUGCUGAAACACAACCCAAAACGGCGGAAGAUCACCUCCAACUGCACCAUAGGGCUGCGAGGGCUGAUCAACCUGGGCAACACGUGCUUCAUGAACUGCAUCGUGCAGGCGCUCACGCACACGCCGCUGCUGCGCGACUUCUUCCUCUCGGACCGGCACCGCUGUGAGAUGCAGAGCCCCAGCUCCUGCCUGGUGUGCGAGAUGUCCUCCCUCUUCCAGGAGUUUUACUCUGGGCACCGCGCCCCCCACAUCCCGUACAAACUGCUGCACCUGGUGUGGACGCACGCCCGGCACCUGGCGGGGUAUGAGCAGCAGGACGCGCACGAGUUCCUCAUAGCCGCCCUGGAUGUGCUGCACCGGCACUGCAAAGGUGAUGAUAAUGGGAAGAAGGCCAGCAACCCCAACCACUGCAACUGCAUCAUAGACCAGAUCUUCACAGGGGGGCUGCAGUCGGACGUCACCUGCCAGGUCUGCCAUGGAGUCUCCACCACAAUAGACCCCUUCUGGGACAUCAGUUUGGAUCUGCCUGGCUCUUCCUCCCCAUUCUGGCCCCUGAGCCCCGGGAGUGAGGGCAGCGUGGUGAACGGGGAGAGCCAUGCGUCGGGAACCACCACGCUGACGGACUGCUUGCGAAGAUUUACCAGACCAGAGCACUUGGGAAGCAGUGCCAAGAUCAAAUGUAGUGGUUGCCAUAGCUACCAGGAGUCCACUAAACAGCUCACCAUGAAGAAACUGCCAAUUGUAGCCUGUUUUCAUCUCAAACGAUUUGAACACUCAGCCAAACUGCGGCGGAAGAUCACCACGUAUGUGUCCUUCCCCCUGGAGCUGGACAUGACCCCGUUCAUGGCCUCCAGCAAAGAGAGUCGGAUGAACGGGCAGUACCAGCAGCCGACCGACAGUCUCAGCAACGAUAACAAGUACUCCUUGUUCGCAGUCGUUAACCACCAGGGGACGCUGGAGAGCGGCCACUACACCAGCUUCAUCAGGCAGCACAAGGACCAGUGGUUCAAGUGUGACGACGCCAUCAUCACCAAGGCCAGCAUCGAGGACGUGCUGGACAGCGAGGGGUACCUGCUGUUCUACCACAAACAGUUCCUGGAGUACGAAUAGCCUCACCCUCUGCUUCUCGGAGCAAAGGCCACGGAGUGGCAGCCUCACAAAAUGACCCCCAGCAAUCCGGCACCACCAUCCCCACAGCAGCGCCCGGGCGUCGGUGCCUGCAGCCCCGGCCAGGGCUGUGGGUGUGGAUGGACAGCGCGUGCGCGGCCUGGGAGCUGCACAGCAGGAAAGCACGAGAGGAAGGCGUGCCGGCAUGGGAGGGGGGAGGGGGGUGUCCCUGCGUAUCUCCUGCUCCUCAAACUGUGUGGGGCAGCCCACCGCAGGGAGCAGCCUCGCCCCUGCCUCAGUGCCCUGUGCUGUGCUGUGCGGCUCAGCAGGCGCCAGCCCACGUCCGGGACGCAACGGAAAGCCCCGAGGCUAGGCCAGAGGGCCUGGCGGUGUCUGAGUUUCCGUGUCACAUGUGUGCAGGGAGGCACUCGGCUUCUGCCAGCAGAGUCUGUGGGUGGAAGACACGGAUCGUCAGGCCUCUGCCUGCAGAGAGCAGCCCGACGCCCGGGGUGCCCGGCCGGCCCCUCCGCGCUCCUGGCCAUGAACCCCCACCCCCUGCUCUUCCUGCGCCACAGACUUCAUAACUGCAGUGUUAUGACUGGAUGCAUCGAGUUUAUGCUGAAAUUGAGUUUCCUUCUCGAGAGAGUCUUGCUCUUGUGCUGUGUUGUUGCCCCCCCGCCCCCCGCUCACCCCGCCUUGGCGUCCUGGUGGCAGCUGGCAGGUGCGAGUCAGGCUACAGCAGUAGCAGUCUCCCGUGUUCCUCUGGAGCAAAUGAUGCGUUUUCCAUGGCUUCACGGUUUUCCUUCGGCUCCUGUCCCGCCGUCCCUGUCACAGCUGGGGCUGUCGGGUGAGGGGGAGUGCUCCCCUUGCGGGGGGCCUGCUUCCCGGGCCAGGGCGGGCCCGAAGGCCAGCUGCCUGCCUUGCGGGCAGAGCGGAGCACGGCCUGUCCUGUGCUGCCUGCGUCUGUCUGUCCAGACCCCACCUCGGAGCUUUUGGUCCCUCUCUGAGACGUGAGCUGCGGGGGCGACGUGCUUGGAUUGGUUGGCGGAGCACCUGUGCUGCCGGCGGCAUCCCGGGCUCGCUGUCCCUCCGGCCAGCGGACGCCUGGAGAGCAGGGUAAAUGUUUGGCUCUGUGGCCACAGGUAGCGUGUGAGCCAGUGAGCCAGGUGUGUUCCCACGGAACUGGGUGAGCACCGACACUCGAAUUCCACGUAAUGUCCAUCAUGAGGUUCUCGUUCCCUGUUUAAAAACGUGUCGGCUCCUUGUAGCUGACAGGCCGCCGAGAAGCAGGCCGCGGGCCAGGCCAGCUCGUUGGCUGGCGGCGUUGGCGGGGCGGUGCUCCAGGAGUUGAGCAGUGGCACUCACGGGGGAAACGCUGGAAUAUGCGAAGCAGCAGGCCGCAGAGCCAUCCUGCGUGGCAAAGUCCCGAGUGAUGGCGGUUCUCUUUCCGUUAGUUUCCACUUCUGCCCACUCCCUGUCCCCUGGCAGCCCCCACACUGUUGUUUGUGUCCAUGAGUUUGGUUCUCCCUUUUUUCCUCAUUCCCUCCCCCCUCCCAGUGCCGUGCCCCCCACAGCUGGCAGCCUGCUCUCUGUUCAUUGGACUCCAGAGUGAGAUGAUAUGGCAUUUGACUGACGGGCUGCUUCCACUCAGCAUAACGUUCUCCAGGUCCCUCUGCUGCCGCAAAGGGUAACGUUUUCCUCCUCUUAAUGAUCAAGUAGUAUUCCUUCGUGUGAAUGCUCCACGGCUGUUCGAUCCACUCGCCUGCUGAUGGCGCUUGGGCUGCGGCCGCCUCGUGGCUGUUGUGGAAACGCUGCAGUGGACAUGGGCCUAGUGAUGGUUCUGAAGCACUUGCUCCGCUCUCUCAGUGUGUCUCUGCCUUUACGGGACGCAGGCUUUAAAGCAGUGUUUUCAGAGAAGUAUGGGGGGCAGAUCCUCAGGAAGGGCUGCCUGUGUGAGGGUGUGUGCCUGCUGGGGAAGGUGCUGGGAGUGGCGUCCUCAGUGAUGAGCACAGCUGGGCAGCGAGCUGACUGCGCGGGCGCGGGGGCCUGAGGCCUGAGGUCUCCCUGCGUCUGCCGGGGCCUCCGUGCUGGGUGGCGGCCAUAAAGCAGAGUGGGGAGUUUCUGGAAGAUUAUCUGAUCUGGCCGGCCUGCUCCCCAGCCUGUGCGCCCCCACCCGCCCGCUGUCACUGGUGCUCAGGGGCUCAGCCACAGGGCAGGGAGAGCAGUGGGGCCACGCGUGUCUUUUGUGGACAUUAUUCGAAGUGUGUGUCUCCAAGUUGGUUCUCUCUCCCCUUCGCCUUGGGGCUCUGAGCACUUGCCGGCCGGCUCUGCCCUGAAGGGCUCCCCUCCUGCCUCCCGGGGGUCUGGGUGGCGAUGAAAUGUUACAUGAAAUGUCCUUUUUAAAGAAGCUCCGGUCCAGCUAUUAAAUUCAGGAAAAUGGCUUUUGUUUCCUAACAGCCACCACUAUAGGUUCCUGUCGUCACCAAGCGUGUCUGAGCACCACGGUGUCCCAUCGGGGUGUUAAAAGAACCUGAGCCUGCGGGGCGCACGCCGCGCUCCUCAGGGCGGGCUUUCCCUGUCCGGGUGCAGGUGGCGCCCCCGCGGCUCACGCGGCCCGAGCUCUGGUGGUUCGGCUCGGAGUGUGGGUGUGUGCGCUUCCGUCGUGUAAAGCUGCCGGCUGGGGCUUUGUGCGUGUGCUUGUGUUUGCUUGUUUUUUAAUAAUUGAAGUGAUUGGGGCCUGUUAUAACCAAAACAACUUCGAAAGAAAAAGAUUCCAGUGGUCGUGCCGUGGGUUUGUACCAAGAUGUCUGCGCCUCUUUCCCCUCUGUGUGAGGCGUGUUUGGCCCUUCCCUCCCUCCAUGCUUGUAGUCGUUCUGUGUCAUAAUAAAGCCACAUUUUAUUCUGAA